AUGUCAACAAGACCAAAUCAUAAUAAUGUUCAGAAUAGAAAAGUACGUUCGGAUUAUAGCUAUUUAUGCGGUUUGAAAUAUCGACACCUAAUUCCUCCACCCGUUGAUCCUCCGCUGGAUCUGGUAUGGAAACCAGAUCUGGAAAGAAUAACCAAUAUCAAUCGGGUUGCACGUACUUUUCAAACGAAGCGCCUUUCUUUACUCAGUGACACCGAUUUAGGGAUGACAUAUGACUUAAGUUCUGUUCCUAGUGCUUUUCACGGAGAAGAUUAUGGUCAUCUCGACUCCAAAGAUACCUGUCUAGUAGUUCCACCCAAAGAUCAUGCAAAUGUUAUUAAAGGAUUAGCACAAUUGAAAAGGCAUUCAAAUAGACCAAAGCCAUGGUUGCGUAGAACUCAGUAUAUAAGUGCAUCUGAAACCGUAUAUCGUGCUGACAAUACGGAUAAAACGAUGGAAAGUCGGUGA